UUUCUGCAGUCCCUGGUGAGCAUCAAGCAAGAGAAGCCUAGCGAGCAGGAGGAGGAGGAGCAGCAGCAGCCACAGCACCACCACCACUACGGAGGGCUCUUUGGGGGAGCAACAGAGGAGAGGUCCCCUGGCCUGGGGAGCAGCAGCGGGGAAGGGACCAGCCAGAGUGUGAUUCAGGACCUCAGCCUUCUUCACCACCUGCACCAGCAUCCCCACCGAGACCUGUUACUGAGUGGCAGAGGCGAAGGCGCCCCUGGGAGCUCGGGUGAGCCAAAGCAUGAUGCCCAGGUCAAGAAGGCAAAGAGGCCAAAGCCAGAAACUCAGGGAAUCAAAGCCAAGCGGAAGCCAAGCGCUUCAUCCAAACCCCCCCUGGUGGGAGAUGCGGAAGGUGCCAUUGCAUCCCCCAGUCAGAAACCUCAUGUCUGCGAACACUGCAGCGCUGCCUUCAGGAGCUCCUAUCACUUGCGCAGACAUGUGCUCAUUCACACAGGGGAGAGGCCUUUCCAGUGCAGCCAGUGCAGCAUGGGUUUCAUCCAGAAGUACCUACUGCAGAGACAUGAGAAGAUCCACAGUAGGGAGAAACCUUUUGGGUGUGACCAGUGUAGCAUGAAAUUCAUCCAGAAGUACCACAUGGAAAGACACAAGAGGACGCAUAGUGGAGAAAAGCCAUACAAAUGUGACACUUGUCAGCAGUAUUUUUCAAGGACUGAUAGACUGUUGAAGCACAGAAGAACAUGUGGUGAAGCCAUAGGUAAAGCAGGUGCUGGAAUGGAGCCCGGGUCAUCAAAUAACAUGGGUAGCUUGGCUGCAUUAUCUCAGGGAAAUACAAGUUCCUCAAGGAGAAAAAGUAAAACAAAAAGUAUAUCCACUGAAAACAAAGGAAAUAAGUGUAGCAGCAAAGUAGCUGAAUCUCAAGUUGCAAGUAAUGUGGCUAUGCCAAAUUACGCAGUUGAUAUUCCUAUUGUGUCUUCCAGUGGUGGUCUAGUUGGCACGGGUGUAGAAGAACUUCAGAAAAAGGUGCCAAAAUUGAUCUUGAAAAAAGGAAGCAGAAAACAGGCAGACAAAAAUUACCUUAAUUUUGUAUCACCACUGCCAGAUAUCUUGGGGCAAAAACCACUGUCCGGGAAACAGAGUGGCUCUCUAGGCCUAGUAGCCAAUACUGGUGUAGAAACUAUUGGCCUUCUCCAAAGUACAGGUGGUAAACCAGGUCAAAUAAGUAGCAAUUAUGAUGAUGCCAUGCAGUUUUCAAAGAAAAGAAGAUACCUACAAACUGCAAGCAGUAACAGUGCCUUUUCAAUUAAUGUCGGACACAUGACUUCCCAGCAGUCCGUCAUCCAGUCUGCAGGUGUUAGUGUUAUGGAUAACGAAGCUCCAUUAUCUCUUAUUGAUUCAGCAUCUUUAAAUAGUGAAAUAAAGUCUUGCCACGACAAGUCUGGUAUUCCUGAUGAAGUCUUACAGAGCCUUUUGGACCAGUACUCCCACAAAUCGGAAGGCCAGAAAGAUGAUCCUUUCAGUAUAACUGAACAGCGUGUGGACUUGCACAGCUCAGGAGAACAUUCAGAGAUGGUUCAGGAAGAGAACUUGAGCCCUAACUCUCAAACAGUUUCAAAUGAUAAGGCAAGUAUGUUGCAAGAAUACUCCAAAUACCUCCAACAAGCCUUUGAAAGAACAACUAACAGCACUGGUUUUGCUUUUGGACCCAGCUUCCAAUUUGUUAGCUUGUCUUCAACUCUCCAUAACCACACACUGUUUCAAGACAAACAGAUAUACACUACAUCUCCACUUGAGUGUGGCUUCAGCCAAUCAGUUACCUCAGUAUUGCCAACUGCGUUGCCAAAACCUCCAUUUGGGAUGUUGCUUGGAUCUCAGCCAGGCUUUUAUUUGUCUGCUUUGGAGGCUACGCAUCAACAGUUGACUCCUUCUCAAGAGCUGGAUGAUCUCAUUGAUCCGCAGAAAAACUUGGAGACUUCAUCUAACUACCAGUCGACAUCUCAGAAACUGACUGGCCAGAAGGAACAGAAAAACUUAGAAUCCUCAACGAGCUUUCAGAUCCCGUCUCAGGAGUUAACUAGCCAGAUAGAUCCUCAGAAGGACAUAGAGCCUAGAGCAACCUACCAGAUCGAGAACUUUGCACAAGCGUUUGGUUCUCAGUUUAAGUCGGGCAGCAGGGUGCCAAUGACUUUUAUCGCUAACUCUAAUGGAGAAGUGGACCAUAGAGUAAGGACUUCAGUGUCAGAUUUCUCAGGGUAUACAAAUAUGAUGUCUGAUGUAAGUGAGCCAUGUAGUACACGAGUAAAAACCCCAACCAGCCAGAGUUACAGGUAAGGUCUUGACUGCAACCAGGCUAUGGGGUUUUCUUAACGUAAUUUUAUUUUACUUUGACAACACUGCCAUUGGAAUGUUUCUACACGGUCCUAUUAAUAAUGUAACAUGCCCUUUCAAUGCAACUUUUCAUAUUUAGUUUUAUUUUGUUAGUGUGAUUUUUUUUUUUUAGAUCUGUUUAUUAUGGUUUUUAAUCAAAAAUCAAUAGAUUAAAAUAGCGUUUUUGUUCAAGUGACAAUGUUUAGCAAUCAAAUUUACAUUAUAUAGAUUGUCAGGGAAUAGCCCAAAAGUUUAAAAUGCAAAAAAUUAACUUUGUUCCUAGGACUAAGGUUUAUUCUAAUUGCUUUACUCUCAGGAAAGUGUAACGAAGCAUGGGAAUUCUAUGCACCACUAGUGUACUGGAACUUCCGAUUUACAGAUAGUGACAAAUAUAUCUCAGCUUAUUGAGGAAGGGAUCUAUGACAUUUCAAAUUUGCUGUCUCUUGUGUUUGGGCUGAUCUGAAAGAAAUUUGCUACCUAAAUCUCGUCAUUUUUGAAGUAUUCCGGUUCUUCCAGGUGAUGCUCAUUCCAGGCAGGUGGAGCAGAUAUUCUUGGGUCUGUACUAAGAGCCCAGAAUGGUAGCUUUAAUACAAACAAUAAUGUCCCCAGAACUCAUGUGUAAGACUGUAAUUCCGUAAAGAGGUUCUGUUGACACAAACGGUGAGAACAAAGCAUGCGCGUCCGGUUCAUGUUGUUAGAACCCUGACUUGAAACUACAGU